CAAAAUGGCUGCCGGGCGACGUGAACGACUCUCUGACUUUCAACCUCUGUUUACUAAGACAAAAUCUCUCCAAACCACUCAAUCCUGACCUAAAUCUCGUGCUUAAAGAUGAGUGUAGGGCUCAGCCAAGUUGGUUUUGAUCCUAAGGUCUUAGAAGAUGAAGAAGAGGCUGCCUUUGAGSAAGAUGAAAAGGAACGAGAGGAGGAGAUUCGUAAUCUUUUAAUCAAUGAGCUGGAUGAUAACCUCCUUGAUGAUGAAAAUGUUUCCUUCUCAUCACAUGAUUUUCGCAGCACCUCAAACAGCCGUACCAGUCAACAACUAGAUGAUUCUGAUAUGCACCCUAAAGACUCUGAAUGGAAUAGUAAUGAAUAUGUGGACUUCCCUCCCCGAAGGGGUGUCUACGAAAAGCCACCKUUGAUGACACAGAGGGCAUCAAAUUUUGUCGGCACUUCGUCUGACAACACCGGGAMUGUCAAUCAUCUGCAAGGUCAAAAUUAUGGCCGUAUGAAUUAUAACUCUAAUCAGGAUGGCGACCAGGGCCAUACUCCACAGUAUARUGAAGGAGAGAAUCAUAGUCACCACAGUUAUGAGUUUGGAAGUUUCCAUGGCAACAGUUCAGAUGCAAAUAGCAACGGAAAAACACAUGACACCCAGUUUGAAGACUAUAAUGAAUAUACAGAGCAGAAUCACCAUGGCAACCAGUAUGAUGUUAACGCUUACCAAUAUGUUCACCAUGGAAAUGAUGAUGAUGGUGGAUUUCAUAAUGGUUAUGAAUAUGAUAAUGGACAGGGUUACUAUGACGACGAUGAGCAUUAUGAUGAACAAGUGUCUCCUGCCGAUAGCAGCCAGCAUGAUGAAAUGAGUCCUCAGGAAGAAGAAAUGGGAAGGCAGAUAAGAGUAUUAAAUCAUGAACUUAUGAUGCUUAAAGAUGAACAUAAAGGAAUGAGUGAAACUUUAGCCCAGUCACAGCAAAUAACACAAGAAAAACAGCAAGAUAUCAARCACAUGCAAGACAAAAUAGAAACAACUUUGAGUAAAACUUUCUCAUUUCUAAAGCUACAAGAAAAAUUCAACACUGCCAAUUCCACCAUUGAUUGUCUCAACGAGCAGUUGGUUCAGAUGAGCAGAGCUGAUUCAUUAUCUAAGGCAAGAGAACAACAUGAGUCRAUACUGAAUGCCGUCAGGAAGAGACAGGAAGAUGAGAUACUCAGACUGAAGCAGAAACUGGACGACACUCAGGUCUCACUAAACUGGAAGACAGAAGAAGCUAACAGGCUAAGGGAUGAGGUCAUGGAGAAGGCUAACAUAAUAAACAGACUGAAUAGAACAUUGGAUGACAGUCAGCGACAGUGUCAGGAACUCCUAAAAACAGGUACUGUGACAGAAAUAGCUAAUCUAAGAACACAGCUGCAAGAUACUAUCAGUGCUAAAACAAAAGUGGAUUUGAAUUGUACUUCUCUAAAGAAUGAAAUAUSUGGUCUCAAGGAAGAAAUGGCAAUGUAUCAGAAUGCCUUGAAGUAUGGCUUUGGUGAUCAGACAUCAGACAAGCACUCAGAAUCCUUYGGAGCUUUAGGGGUGGUCAGAAAUCUGAACAAUGAAGACUGGGCUACUCCCAAAACUGAUGGGAAUAGUACAAAGGCUACUACUGUUGAUGCUGUAAGUGGACUGAGRAAAGAACUUGAACAUAGCCUGUCCGUUGUACAAGUGAAAUCACAACAGAUCAGAGACGUAAACAGUGAACUGGAACAGACAAGGGAGAAAUGGGAAAAUGAGAAGGAAAAAGUGGAAAGAAUGGAAAAAAUUAUGCAAGAACAAGAGGAAAAAUUAAACAAACUCAAGGAGCAACUAUUAAUUAAAUCUAAUGUCCAGACUGACAAAGUUGAUUCAAGUGAUGACUUACAACAAAAGCUAAAUGAUCUUGAAAAUGAAAAUAAGGAAUUGCUGGAAAGGAUUAACAACAUGCAAGCUACAAAUCAACAGCUAACGGAAGAUAACAUCAGCUUAAAAAAUCAAAUGGCUGAGUUAGCCAUGUGUAGAGAUGCAUGUCURCAGCUUCAUGAGGAUGCCAAAGAACAGCUUAGGAAGGAAAUGGAGGAAGAAAACGAGAAAGGUGCCAAAGUUUYGAGGGACGCAUUAGAAGAAGUCAACGAUGAGCUAGUACGUGUCAAGGAGUGCUACCUGGAACUCAGUGAAGAAAAUCGCACUGUUGAAAAGCGAGUCAGAGAAGAGGUUWUGCAAGAAAUGAAGCAAGACAAGACUGAACCAGAAGCCAUCGAAGCCUUGAGGAACACCCUUGAGAAGAAACACCAGGAGGAUAUGGCUAAAGCACGUGAACAAUGGAAACAAGAGAAGGAUCUGGAAUUGGAUAGAAUCGUGAAAGAAGAGACUAAAAAGGCUAUAGAACAAGCCAAUAAGGAAAAAGCUCAGGAAAUCAAGAAGGCGAUCGAAGAAGCCCGCACACUUUGGAAUCAACAGUCCUCCGAAGAAUCACUAGAAAAGCGKAUAUCUGUAGCCAGGUUGAAAUGGAUGGAAGAACAAGAACAGAAUGUUAAGAAACGAAUAUUAGAUGCUGUAAAUGAGGCGAAACGAGAAUGGGAAGAAAGAGAAGAGAAAGAGAGAAAUGGAAAAGUGGAUGAAGUAAAGAAAUCCACCGCCGAGUCUCCCAAUCAAAAAUUUGCCCAGGCCAUCUCCGAGGCACGGACCGAGUGGCAGAGAGAAGAGGAAGAGACUAGACAAGGGGAGAUUGAACAUGCAGUCGAGGUUGCUGUUACUAACGCCGUGGCUGAAGCAAGGGAACAAUGGGAGAAAGAAAAUAACGUAAAAAAUGAGACRAUCUACCGUACACUUCUAGCAAAAGAGAAACAGCAGUGGAGAGAAAAAGAAAUUCAAGAAACGGAGAGAGCUAUCGAGGCAGCCAUAGCAAUAGCUGAAGUGAAGUGGAUAGAAAAUGAACAGACUAAGGUUGCGCAUGCUGUCGAUACUGCUGUCCAGGCGGUCAGGGCAACGUGGGCUCACGAGAAGGAUCAAGAUAUAGCAAGAGCUGUWGAAGACGCUCAACAUCAAUGGAAAGCUAGUCAAGAGGAAGAACUUAGUAGGGCUUUAGAGGAAGCGAGUGCACAGUUGGUGGAGAGAUUCGAAAAACAGAAAAGAGAAGCGGUUGAAAUGGCGCUAAGAGAAGCCAAGACAUUAUGGCAAAGAAACUACGACCACAACAACAACCCUGCGAAUAUCGAAGAAAUUCGAAACAAACUGUGGUCAGAGUUUGAAGAAACGAARCAAGAAGAGCUUCAGAGAAUUGUAGAAGAGGAGACGAAUAAGAUACUGGACGAGAAAGAAGAACAAAGACAACAAGAAAUGAAAAAAGCGAUAGUGUUCCUCGAGUCUAAAUAUUCCAAGGAGUUGGAGGAGUUCAAGCAUAAGGAGUUGAGGAAUGCUCUUGCUGAGGCUCGCGCGGAGUGGCAAAAAGAGCAGGAGUUAGAACGAGAAGAAUGUUUAAAGAAAAGGAUCGCUUCAGCUCGUGAAGAAUGGGUCAAAACCCUAGACCAUUCCUCUCGCUCCGAACUUGACCGCGCUCUCGCAACAGCACGAGAAGCCUGGGCCGCUGAAUACGAAGACGAAUUGGACGACCGAGUGAACGACGAGGUUGACCGAGCACGCGAAGAUAUACGAAAUGAAAUGGAAAAUAAAAAGAGGAGAGAAGUCGAAGAAGCUAUAGAAGACCGGAAAAGAGAAUUUGAAGCUGAGGAGAGAGUCGCGGGAUCGCCCCAGGCUUUGCGCAAUCAUUACGAAAACGAAAUGUCAAAGCUACGAGACGAACAUCRGCAAGAGCUCGACCGACUACGAGAAGAACACGAAGACAACACGAGAAUUGUACGAGAAUUAGUCGAAGAAGAAUUCGAUCAAAAACUUGUGGCUGUGCUACAUGAAGCUAAACAAGUGUGGGAAGAAGAGCAGGAAGAGGAAAGAAUACAAGUCGAAGACCAACACAAACAGAAACUCAAAUCAGUGUUGGAAACCGCACGAGAACAGUUCCUCAAAGACCAAGAAAAAGCCAUCGCAGCAGCCACUGAAAUGGCAGAGAAAAGGCAGCAACAAUUAUGGGAUGCCGAGAGAAAAUCCYACCAAUCAGCACUCGAGAAAUCCAAAAGUGAACUGACGUCAUUGAAGGAAGAGCACGUGACCGCUCUUAAAAAGCUGCAUAACGAUCACUUGGAGGAAGUAAAGAAAAUACGGAAUGAAAUAAAUAAGAGAAAGGAAUCUGGAACACAAACUCCGCCAAACCAAGCCAGUGAGAGCCUUUGUGAUACUAGUUUUGGUAGCAUUGACCAGAUUACAGCAGCCAAGACCAUGAACGAGCUCCGUGAGCAUUAUCUGGAGACCGUUGCUAAGAUACGCGAUGACGUGCUUGAUCACGUGAACCAGACAAAGUCCAACGCUGCAAAGAAAAUAAGGGCGGAAGUGUUAAAGGAGCGUCAUUCCACCGCCAAGAAGCUUCGCCGAUAUUAUCUACAAUGCCUGAAGCAGUUACUCGAGGAAGACAAAUCAUGCGCAGAAUCUGACAAGCCUCCAUUGAGUGUUGAAUCAAAGAUGGAAAGAAUGACCAAGGCAUUAGAAGCUGCUAGCCCUGAACCACCUUCUAAAGGUGAUAGMCAAUCAAAAUCCAAUAAACAACCGUUUAACCGAAUACUUCCGGUACACAAGGUUCCCUACCGCGAAAGUCCCCAGAGCACCUAUAUAUUAGUGCCUAAGAAUGUACACUGUCGUCCUGGGGAAUACGUCCCCGAAGGUGCCAGUGAUUCACCCAAGCCUUCUCCGAGUGAUAAACCACAGGAAACCCAAGACUUUCUAAGAGUGAGUUCACCCGUAAGAAAGGACAAAACMAAAGACGUUAUGGCAUUACCUGAAAGAGAUUCAGGAGGUACUACAAGAGUAUCUGAGCAUGCUCCUUCGAAUAGACCGCCGUCUGUACAACGAAUGUUCGCAGGCUCACCUGCUAUGUCAAUUACGUCACUUGAUUCUGAACAGUACUCUGAUCUGCCGACUGUAAUCCACGUAAGUCCUAAGAAGAAUUCUCUUAGUAAACCGGUGACGUCAUCAGGAAUGACGUCAGCAAAGUCUACUYUGGAUGACGUCAAGGCACGCGCCUUUGCUAGGAAUAGUGAACUGACAAAACCGAUUGUGCGUGGCUCAAAGCCGCGAGGACCUGGGGACGAAAAGAUUUUAAUCAAUCGGAGAGUUGAUAAAUCACGUGAUCCUUCGUCGAAGAAUACUCCACCCCUYCCCUCUAAACCUAGUGUGAAUGUUAACCGAAAUAUUUCUUUUGUCACGUGAUUAGCACGAGUAAAAUGUGAUUCUAAUAUUCCGCAUAUCAGUUGCUAAGGAUAACUUAGACUAAAGUUAAAGUCAAACUUCACAUGAGCCGAACCUAAUGACAUCAGGGAAGACUGUCUGGUUAUCCAUUGUUUCAAUUAGUUUCGGGCUCGCGUGUWGUUCGACGUUUAACGUUUGAUCACUGCACUUAAGAAAAGUAAUAUAGAGCGGUUUGCGUACGGGUAGGAAACGGUACGGCAAAUUUCGUAGUCUUACCGUACCUUGCCUUAACCGUAACUACGCGAUGUGAUUGGUUGCAAUACUUAUAGACCAAUGGAAGCCAUUUCAAUGUUACGGCAUGUCGUGUCGUAUACUACGUUUCCUACAGCACAAUUUGAACAUUGGGAGACAAGUUGCAGCAACUUUUGAAAAAAUAAUAAUUUGUUUAUACUUUUGGCAACGAUUGCGUCUCCAAUGCACUGUGCAAACACUAUUGCAACUUGUCUCGCAACGCUGUAGAGAAAAUUGCUCCGUAUAAAUGCGCCUUAUGUCAGUACCUCAAGUUUCCCAAGCAUUGGAAAACCGCUCUAAGGCUAACAAUACCAACGCAGUAAAUAGGUCUUUGGACCAUAAAUAGGAAGGCACACAGAUAGAUUAGUAUAGGAAAUCGCACGAUCUCGAGUACAAUUCGAAAUUUAUUGGUACGAGUGAUGUUUUGAAAGUUUUCAAAAUUGGACGAGCCUAGCUUUAGCCGAGUCCAAUUUGAGAUCUUUCAAAACAUCACGAGUAUCUAAAUCCGAAUUGUACGAGAACUUUGUGCGAUUUUUUGUUUAAUACACUCAACAAUAUUGAGGGAUUUAAUUGGAACUCUAUAGAGUACAAUUUGGGAUUUAAUUGUACUCCUAUUGUCCAAUCAGAAUCGAGUAAUUUUGUUGAGUGUAUUAUAAGAUUAACGUAUGCUAAAGACACAUCUAUUUAAUUCGGAUUGUAAAUAUUUCUUUAUCUCAUCGAACAAUGUGAAGAAUCAAAAUAUGCAACAUUUUUAUAUUGUUUAUUAAAAGGACAUUUCAUUUC